AUGAGGCGUACUGCUUGCUGGUGCCGUCAGUUGCUUGGGGCUGUUGUCCGGCGCCGCUGCGGCCGCCACAUUCAUCUUCCCGCGGAGGGCACUCCACCUGGCGGGCGGCAAGCGGCAGACAAGAGGCCGUCUGCGCCUUCAGAGGCAACGCCAGGGCUGACAUUGAACGCCCUCUCAACGGCUGUUCGCCGGCUGCUUGAGGGCUCGCCACGGCGGUGGUGGGAGACGCCUGGGCUUGUGGACACGCUCCUGACAAUUCUGCUCCAGCACCAACGCGACAUCCAGGGCGGGGGCAGUGCGGCGCUGCACCCCUUGCUGGGCGCGGAAGUCGUCAAGGGGCUGGGCUUCGCCGUGUGGACGGAAGCCACAUGUGCCGGCGGCGGUUGGGCCAGGCGUAGCGGUCUCUCCAAGGAGGAUCUUGCGAAGGCGGCGAACGGUGUGCUGCGUCCGCUGGUUCCUCUCGUCGUGCGACACCCAAAGGUGCGACCGCUGCUUCCUGUGCUUUUGGAAUGGCUGGUGUGCAUUUCUGACAUCCCCCUCAGCGACUGGCUUCCGCAGCUCUCUCUCUACCUGGACGAUUCUGCCGCCUUGAACACGGAUGGUGUACGUGUUGGUAGGCCUCCGCCAGGUUUUUUGUUGCAGCACAUGGCUCCUGCCUUACGACGUCGCACGGUGGAUUCAUCGCAGGCGGUGUCUCUGGAGCUGCAUCGUGUGCUAGACAGGAUGCUUCACUUGCUUGUUGCAGGGGAUGGUGGUGCCGUGCCCCUAGAGCAGGCGCCAAUUGGUGCUUCUAGUUCGGUGUCAGCGGGCAAAGAUUUGGUUGACUGCUUGUUUUGGCAGGGUGAGACUCCAUUGAUACUGCGAAGCGACAUUGUUCGCGAGUCCUAUGCGCGCUUCUGCCAAUCACCACGGCGUGAUGCGAGUGAGACUUAUCGACGUGAAAUGUGUGUGGGGAGAGACUCUCAGCCCCUCUUGACGCUCCCUGUUGUGGAUGACGAUGUGUUCCGGCGUGUACUUCUGCGCCUCUUGCCGCCUGCUUUGUGCGGUGCAGUGUCUGGGGCUGCGGAAGACGCUGCCACUCCCGUGUUUCUAGUCAAACCUUUGCUGAAGCUGGAUCGCCCGUCGACCCUUCUUCGCCUCAUUGCGCCGUUAUCGGAGUUUGUGUCAGUCGUCUUGGACGGCGUUGUUUUGUCGCCCCUGAGACUUUCUUUUGACGGCCUCGCGGCGGUGAUUUAUGGCGCGAUUGGAGAGUUGCAGCGACUGCAACGGCGGACGCCGCCGCCCCGCUUUCCCCUGUUGCCGCACAAACCGCGGAUUCACGUCCUGAAGGCGCUCUGUGAUCGGUUACUUCGCGAUGUGGAGGAGAAGCUGAAAGUGGCUGGGGCCGCUGUGACGUUCCCAGGGGUGCCGUUGCAGGAGCAGGCGCACACUCUUGGCUCCCUUGCGCAGGCCGCGCGCCGCCUUGUGCGGGCGGUGCAGGCGGAGAAGACAUCGAGCCUCCUCGAGGAGGGACCGGAGGGCUCCGCCCUUCAGGCGGGUGGGGCUGUCGCGAAGCACAAUGAUGUGACCGCCAUCCUGCGCAAUACUGCCUUCCGCGUUCUGGAAUCAUCUCUUUUGCGGUACUACGACGCGCUUGGCAAGUGGUCCUCGUCAGCUGUUGGAGCUGUUGGCGGCAGCAGCGACCACGUGGCAGAUGCUUUGAGCGAGAUUGAACACCACGCGGGCGGCCGCGCGACGUUUUUCACGGCGCGUCAUCUUCUGCAGCAUCCCUUUCGUCAUGACGUUACAGCCGUCACGGAGGCCUUGCGGAUUGUGGCGAUACAGGCCUUAGUCUUGCGUUCACCGCUGUGCAUGGAUUGGCUGCGGGAAAACUAUGCCACAACUGUUGCUGCUGCUUUCUUUGGCACAUGGCAUCAGCGGAUAGGAAGCUCACCCAUGAUGAAUAUGAGGGACUCGAGUAGCGCGGAGGAAGGAUCAUGCUGCUCUGCAUUAAUGGAGGCAGAGUGUCUUGUCUCAUGGAGGUUGCUUUGGACCAUGCUGCUGCUUCACCAAAGCAGCUGCUCAUGUGGUGCGGCAGUGCGGACUCACUCUGGGAUAUGCGUCGGUUCCGCCUCGACCUGUGGCGUGUUUCGCUCGCUCUUAGAUUUACUUACUGUGCAUUGCUCCUGCGCAGAGUUUACGAGCUUUGCUUUCUCCCUUCCCUUUCACGAGGUGGAGGCGGGCUCUGCAUGCGAGGCGGCAGUGCCACAUGUGACAGAGGCGGAAGGACAUAACACACCCGAGUUGUCCUCAAGGCCCAUUCUUUAUUCAUCCAUUGAGGUCGGGGCUACUGGUGUGAUUACAACAAGAUGGGAGCUGCAGGAGGAACUGUUGUCGCUUGCAGGUGGCGGUAGUGGCUUGUGGCGCUGGUUGGGCUCGCCACGAGCCGUGUGGGAGGUUGUUUCUGGAGCGGCUACUGACGCUACUGCCCCCACCAGCAUGACAUCCGCCGUCCGCGGUGGGCGCUACGCCGGUUAUCUUCUUCCGUGGACGACAGUGGCGCACAGCCGUCAUCCGCUAAGGCUGUACGAUGAAAGCGGCCAGUCGGCCGCCGCGGCCGCCGCGUUUGACGUCGCCCUCAGUGCGCUUUUGCGGCAGGAGGGCGGAGCGGUGCUGCGGCUCGUGAGCCUUACCGAGGAGGCGGCGCUGUUCCACGACAUGGCGUCCACGCCGGAGUUGUCGCUGGGCGCUGGUGUCAGUGUUAUCCACCCCGAGGCUCUGCUGCGGCGGGCUUACGCGUUGGGAGUAGAGAAGGAUGCCCACGGCGACGGCGACGAUGACGACGACACUGAGGCUGACGGCCUCGAUUAA